AUGUCAUCAGCGAAAACGCGAACACGUCGCCAGACGGCACCGUCAGGACCCCCGCGGAAGGUUGCCGUGAGAGAAACCCGGCCGCAUCUUGACGGCUUGUCUGAGCAACCCGAGGAGACUCACGACGAGUCGGUCGUUCCACAAUGGGAGAACGAAUACGAGUUUUCAGAGUGGUUUAAUGGGGUCAAAGGAGACUUGAUAGAGGAAAGUUACGAACAAUACCAGAGCUGCCUAGACGACUUGCAACAGUCGCGCGAGCAUAUCGACGACAUCUUAGCGAACACACUCGGUUUACUUGACUCCCUCUCUCACCUGGCCAAGGAGUUCAACACGGUCGAAUCGCAAACAUCCAAUUUCGAGAAGCAAUGCGAGGGUCUGCUGGCUGCUCAAGAGCGGGACACAAAGCUCGCAAAUGGGAUACAGACCAAUCUUCACUACUAUGAAUUUUUGGAUCCGGCUUCGAGAAAGCUCAAUGCUCCGGGUGCUGGAAACACGGUACGAGAUGAGGAAUUUUCCGACAUGUUGCGGCGCCUGGAUGUGUGCUUGGACUACAUGGAAACGCACCCUGAGCAAAAAGAAGCAGAGGUCUACCGGUCCAGGUACCGCCUGCUUCUUACUCGCGCUCUCACCCUGAUUCGUGGCAACUUUGUCUUCUCUAUGCGAGAAAUCUACUCGAGUGUCUCGAAAAAAUUGACGGACCAAUCACUCAACGAUGCAGCCUUGUCUGCGCUACUUUACGCAAAGUUCAGGGUUGGCGCGCCGGAGCUCAAGCAGAUCGGCGUUGAAAUUCAAAAGCGAGCAGUCCCACCCUUGAACUCCGAGCAGAACAAUGAGGCGGAAUACCAAAGCUUGAUGAACGAAUUACACAACAAUUACGCUGCAACGCGGGUCAAAUUGAUUGUACCUCUGGCUCGCAAGAAGCUCAAUGAGAUUGCCCAGACUCCGAGUGCUUCAAAGGACUUGGUCGCUUUCGCUCGUGCGAGUAUCAGUUACAUUCGCGGCUUAUGUUUAGAUGAGUAUGACUUGUGGGGAGAGUGGUUCCAUGGCCAAGCUGGGCUGUAUGACUUUCUUGAAACCAUAUGCGAGCCACUCUACGAUCAUCUUCGUCCGCGAAUUAUCCACGAAAACGACAUGAGUACGCUUUGCCAACUGUGUACCCUCCUACAGACUCGUUAUUUCCUCGAUCCCGAAGAGGAUCCUGAACAAACUGACUUGAAUCAGCUUGACUUCUCAGCCUUGAUUCAACCAGCUCUUGAAGAUAUUCAAACCCGACUGGUCUUCCGAGCCCAGGCUGUCCUUCGCGACGAAAUUGAGCGUUACAAACCACGCCCCGAGGAUACCGACUACCCGAUGCGCAGUAAACAGGUCUCAUUGACCGUGACUGAUACCCAAAUAUCCGGCACAAAGGACAUAUUGGCAAAUACAAUGGACGGAAAAUGGGAUUUUGAGACCCAAACCGCAUUAAAGGGCUGGUACCCUACUUUGCGAAAGGCAAUCUGGCUCUUGAGCCGGAUCUACAGGCUUGUUAAUUCCACGGUGUUUGACGAUCUGGCCCAUCAAAUUGUGCACCAAACAACCUUGUCCCUUCAUAGUGCCAGCACUCUCAUUGCAAAUAAAUCAUCACCCGCCGAUGGACAACUUUUCCUGAUGAGCCAUCUCCUUAUCCUAAAACAGCAGAUUGUUGCCUUUGACAUUGAGUUUGUCGCCCCGGAUGUUUCCAUCGAUUUCUCAGGCGUGACAAAUACCUUUUGGGAGCUUCGCGAAAGAGGUGGCCUUUUCAACCCGCGCAAUUUGAUGCGUCUCGUUGGACACGGUCUUGUCCCUCGUGUCGUCGAGAAUAUGCUCGAUGCCAAACUCGAACUAGAUGGCUGUUUGCGAACCGUCAUCAACGAUUUUAUCAAUGCGUUUGCAACCCGUAUGACAGCGUCCUUGCCAACAAAGUUUGUCGACACCCGCAAUCUGCAGCACGGAGAACUUGUCUACCCCUCCUGUCGCACAAUUGAACAGGAAGUGCCUGCGCUCCGCAAAAUCCUCAACGCAUACAUUGACGACACGCGGAUGAAGGAAACGCUAGUUGGCGCUGUUCAAGAUCGCACAAUCCAGAUCUACGAAGACUUUUUUGACAGGUACAUGUCGUCCGGGAAGGAUAAGGACCUGAAUGAAGCAGUGUGGGAUGUCGAUACUUUUGCCUCGUGGUGCGAGAACAUUUUCCAAGUUGGCGUCGCUGGACUUCAUUCGGAGCGAGCAAAUGAUUUCACGGAGGAUGACGAUGGGGAAGAGGGGCUAUCUACUAGGAGCUCUUGA